AUGGCGGACUACAACUAUGGAGGUUCCGAGGAGGAGAAUGCAGAGUUGAAGAAGCUCGAGACUGAGUUGCUCGAUGACCCGGAUAACUUCGAAACCUGGGAGAAACUGGUUCGCGCCGGCGAAGCGCUCGAGGGCGGAAUCAACCGCAACUCCAACCCCCAAGCCAUCACCACCGUGCGCAAUGUUUACGACCGCUUCUUGGCCAAAUUCCCGCUGUUGUUCGGUUACUGGAAGAAAUAUGCCGACCUGGAGUUUUCCAUCACCGGCACCGAGGCUGCGGACAUGGUGUAUGAACGCGGUGUCGCUAGCAUCUCGCCCUCGGUCGACCUGUGGACCAACUACUGCUCCUUCAAGGCAGAGACCUCCCAUGACGCUGAUGUGAUUCGAGAGCUCUUCGAGCGCGGCGCAGCCAGCGUUGGACUGGACUUCCUGGCCCACCCUUUUUGGGACAAGUACAUCGAGUUCGAGGAGCGCCUGGAGGCUUUCGAUAAGAUAUUUGCUAUCCUGGGCCGGGUGAUUCACAUCCCCAUGCAUCAGUACGCUCGGUAUUUCGAGAGGUACAGGCAGUUGGCUCAGACCCGCCCUGUGGUGGAGUUGGCGUCUCCGGAGACUUUGACCCAGUUCCGCGCGGAGCUUGAUGCUGCUGCCGGACAUGUCGCCCCUGGCGCGAAGGCUGAGGCAGAGGUUGAGCGGGAUCUGCGGUUACGCGUAGACAGCUAUCACUUGGAGAUCUUCUCUAAGACCCAAACCGAGACCACGAAACGUUGGACAUACGAGUCGGAAAUCAAGCGCCCGUACUUCCACGUCACCGAACUCGAUGAGGGCCAGCUGAACAACUGGAAGAAGUACCUCGAUUUCGAAGAGUCCGAGGGCUCCUAUGUGCGCACCCAGUUCUUGUACGAGAGGUGCUUGGUGACGUGCGCUCACUACGACGAGUUCUGGCAACGUUACGCCAGGUGGAUGGCCGGCCAGCCUGGCAAGGAAGAAGAAGUGCGCAACAUCUACCAGCGUGCCAGCUGCUUGUACGUGCCGAUCGCCAACCCAGCCACCCGUCUCCAGUAUGCCUACUUCGAAGAGAUGAGUGGCCGUGUGGAUGUUGCCAAGGAGAUCCACGACGCCAUCCUCAUCAACCUGCCCAACCACGUCGAAACGAUAGUGUCUCUGGCCAACAUGUCUCGCCGUCACGGCGGACUCGAGGCUGCCAUCGAAGUGUACAAGAGCCAGUUGGAUUCGCCACAGUCAGACUUGGCUACGAAGGCGGCACUGGUUGCGGAAUGGGCUCGCCUGUUGUGGAAGAUCAAGGGCUCUCCCGAGGACGCCCGUCAGGUCUUCCAGAAGAACCAGCAGUACUACAUGGACAGCCGACCCUUCUGGACCAGCUACCUGAACUUCGAGCUCGAUCAGCCCACGAGCGCGUCCACUGAGAAUGUCCAGUAUGAGCGCAUCAAGCAGGUCAUCGAGGACAUUCGGUCCAAGAGUACCCUCCCGGCCGACGUGGUGCGGGAGCUGGUUCAGAUCUACAUGGUCUACCUCCUUGAACGUGGCACCAAGGAUGCUGCAAAGGAGUACAUGACCCUGGACCGUGAAGUGCACGGUCCGGCGUCCGUGUCGAAGAUGAAGGCCGCGGAAGUGGUGCAGCUGCCCCCAGCUCAGCCGGUUCCGUCGGCGACGCCUGUGGCGGAAGUUGUGGUCCCAACCCCCCCGCAAGCUAACCCCUACGCCUACUAUCAGCAGACACCGGUCAACGGUGGCAUGUAA